UUGUUCUACAUCGCAGUUGAGUCAACGUCAACCUCUGUUAAAAAAAACGAGUUGAUAAUCAUUGUAAGGUGCUAUCACGUUUAAUUUUAAGAAAAUAACACUUGAUAUUAUUUUAACGUGGAUAUUGAGAUGGUGAUUGCGGGCGCAGGAAAGCACAAGAUGUUGAAGAAUUUUAUACUUACAUGUCUCAUGCUGCUGUUCCUGGUCAAUAGCACGAUACGAAAUGUGCAGGCCCAUAAACGUUAUUGCGGCGAUAACUUGGUGCAAGCCCUUAGUAUACUUUGUGAACAUGGUUUCUAUACCAGAACCACGAAGCGUGCAGACCCAUUACACACAUGGCAACCAGACCUGCCAAUCAGUGCUGAAAACGGGAACACAGAGAUUUUCUCAAGCCUUUAUACAGGCAGUCCAUUUAUACCAAAAUAUUACAACAGCUUGAUCUUUACACAACGACAAAGGCGACACCACAUCGGUGCAUAUGAUGAGUGCUGCAGCAAGGCUUGCGAGUUAUCUGAACUGUCUGCUUACUGUCUUCCUAAGGAUGUAAAAAUGUCAGCGCAAAAUAGCAUAACCAGGACUUAAGCUUAGUGAAAGUGAUGGUCUUCGAUGCUUUAGAAUAUUAAUUAAAAUACAUAGAAAAAAUAUUUAUAUUAUUUACCGCUUGCUAUAUAAAAUGUAUUAUCAUCAUAAGUACAAUAUCAUCUGCUAAGAAAUCGAAUAAAACAUGUCAUGAAAUUUUUUAGAAAAUGUA